AUGUUUUCCCGAUCCGAUUUCUCCGAUAGUCUUGGAGAAGACAAAGGGGUUGGAGGUGGUUGGGUGGAGGAUUAUCGGAAGAAGAGAUAUUCUUCUAACGUGGUGAUGUUUGAUUUCUUUUCGUCAAAAGUCAUACUUGGAGGGUGUUUCAACAUGGUCUCAUCAUGGGUGCUUCCUUCUUAUGCUUCUUCAUAUACUGAUUGUACAACAAUGGAGGACAAAAGAUGCGCGCUUGUCACAGGAGGAAACAAAGGAAUUGGGUUUGAGAUAUGUCGUCAAUUGGCCUCCAAUGGAAUCAAAGUAGUAUUAACGGAUAGAGACGAGAGUUUGGGCGCCAAAGUUGUUCAGCAACUCAACGUUUCAGGCUUCCCAGAUGUUGUUUUUCAUCAACUCGAUAUCAAAGAUCCAGUCAGCAUCUCUCGAACAGUUGAUUUUGUGAAAGCCCACUUCAAAAAACUCGAUAUCUUGGUCAAUAAUGCAGGACAUAUGGGCAUUAUCAUCCUAAACGAAGAAAAAUUUAGAGCAGGAGAAGGAUUCGUGCAAGUUUUGGACGAAAAGGCGCACCUUUUAACCGAUAUUUUGAAGCAAAGUUAUGAAUUGGCAGAAGAAUGCAUAAAAACAAAUUACUACGGAACUAAAGCUGUAACGAAGGCGUUUCUUCCUCUUCUCCAACUCUCCAACUCCCCGAGAAUCGUCAACAUUACUUCCAGUUAUGGCGAACUAUCCUUUAUUCAUAAUGAGAAGGUGAGAAAUGAGCUUAGAGAUAUGAAGAACGUAACAGAAGAAAGGGUGGAUGAGAUAACUGGAUGGUUUUUGAGGGACUUGAAGGCCAGUAAACUGGAGGAAAACGGAUGGCCGCUAACAGUAUCUGCUUAUAAAGUCUCGAAAGCUGCCAUUAAUGCUUACACAAGGCUUAUGGCGAAAGAAUAUCCUAAGAUGCUUAUAAACUGUGUACAUCCUGGUUAUGUGAUCACAGAUAUGUCAGCUCAAACAGGAUACAUUACACCGGAAGAAGGUGCUAAAGCUCCAGUUAUGGUUGCUUUGUUGCCUAACGAUGGUCCUUCCGGAAAAUACUUUAGUCAAUUGGAAAUAUCCCAAGUUUGAUUGAGUAUUGAAAAUUAAUAUUCAACUUCUAGAAAGACAGAAAGUGCAGGGUUCCGAUCUAGAUAAAGGAGAAGUCUAAGUUUGGGUUGACUUUGACUUUAUAUAGAUAUGUAUAUCAGAUUGCAAAAAGUCACUUUUCAUUCCCAGUUUUCAAGCUUUCGUUCAUAGAGGAAUAAAACUAAAGUGCCAUAAUAUUUGGUAAUUUAAAGCAUCUUGUCGUCAAAUUUUAUUGGGAUAAUGAGUUACGAGGGUAACUACCUUUUAUCCGUGUUCACAUAUUGGCAACUUCUUUUUUGUACAUAAUAAAGCAACUAACUUGUUUUAACUGUUUAAAUUAUAUCAAUAUUAACGGUUAAUACAUGUUUUAACCGGUAACUCAAAGGGAAAAUGACUAUGGAGGGUAACUACCUUUUAUCCGUGUUCACAUAUUGACAACUUCUUAUUUUUUGUACAUAAG